UCUUUCCUUUCCAUCUGGCAGCAGCCAUCAGAUAAGCCAAAAUGGGCGCUUACAAAUACAUCCAGGAACUAUGGAGGAAGAAGCAGUCCGAUGUGAUGCGCUUUAUUUUCAGGGUGCGCUGCUGGCUGUAUGGCCAGCUGUCAGCCCUCCACAGGGCACCCCGCCCCACCAGGCAGGAUAAAGCGAGAAAACUGGGAUACAAAGCCAAGCAAGGUUAUGUCAUAUAUCGGAUUCUUGUGCACCGUGGUGGCCGCAAACGUCCAAUUCCAAAGGGUGCAACCUAUGGCAAGCCUGUCCACCAUGGUGUUAAUCAGCUGAAGUUUUCUAGAAGCCUUCAAUCUGUUGCUGAAGCUGGACGCCACUGUGGAGCUCUGAGAGUCCUGAAUUCUUACUGGGUUGGUGAAGAUUCCACGUACAAAUUUUUUGAGUUUAUCCUCAUCGAUCCAUUCCAUAAAGCUAUCAGAAGAAACCCUGACACCCAAUGGAUCACUAAACCAGUCCACAAGCACAGGGAGAUGCGGGGGCUAACAUCCGCAGGCCGCAAGAGCCGUGGUCUUGGAAAGGGCCACAAGUUCCACCACACUAUUGGUGGUUCUCGCCGUGCAGCUUGGAGAAGGCGCAAUACUCUCCAGCUCCACCGUUACCGCUAAUAAGUAAUGUUUGUAAAAUUCUUACCUAAUAAACAA